AUUUUGGGAUAUUUUUUGAAUGCUUGUACCUAUUGUCUGGGAAAGUUUUUGAAAAUCUUGUUCCCUGUUUUGCUCCCCAUUCUGAUAAGAAAAAUUACCUUCCAUUUUUCCUACAAAUAUAGGGCUUUAGGUGAAAGUUUACGUUUGAUUUUACAAAUUUAGUACUAUAAAUUAUUGUAUUAAAGGGGUUUUUCUUAACUAUUUAAUAAAAUCAAUAAUUUUGACGUAAAUUGGUGAUUCACUUUAAAAAAACAAGACUGUUUUGUUUGUCACUGUCACCUGUCACUAGUCACUAGUGUUACUGUCAUUACUGUCAAAUGUCGGUAGAAUGACACGUGACGCCUAGACAUUUGACUUUGACAAAUUGACACUUAUAAUUUUGUAAAAAGUAAAAAAUGUCAGAAUAAAUUUUAUCAAAAAAUAUAUUAUGUUAAUUAGCUUUGGCUGUAAUUUAAUUGUACAUUUUGUAAAAAGCUUUGUCUUACGGUAAUCUCUCAUAAAUAAUGAACGCAAGGGGCCUUAUUUUGUGGUUAGUUUUUAAUGUCUACUUUAAAUAUGUCUCGUCAGACGAGCAGAGUUCUUUCGAGUCUUCCGCCGAAGGGGCUAGAUUUACCAAGGAACAUUACAAAAAUCCAAAGUCUUCCUCUAUAUUCGAAGGCAAUUUUGAUACCUGCAGCGAAGAAGACUUUGCUUGCUUAGCAAUGGCUCAAAAAGAUAGAUUAGGUUUAGAAGCUAUUAAACAGCUACACAAGCAGUUAGAUGACGAUAAGGACGGUACCAUUGAUUUAUCCGAAUCGGAUGAUUUUUUGAAAGAGGAAUUGAAAUAUAACUCGGGAGCAGAGAAGAGGCAGAAAAAUUUCCACCGCAACGACGAUUACCAUAUAUCCGUUAAAGAAUUGUGGGAAGCUUGGCUGAAAUCUGAAGUACACAAUUGGACUGUCGAGCAGACCACAGACUGGCUAUCAAAUAGCGUUGAACUGCCCCAAUACGUUCCUAAAUUUAUCGAACACCGAGUUACGGGGGCCAAUUUACCAAGAUUGGCCGUCAACAAUGCGCCCUACUUGGCUGUUCUCGGGAUAAAGGACCCCAUUCACAAACAAAAAAUCACCUUAAAGGCUAUGGAUGUGGUCCUUUUUGGACCUCCGAAAGAUACCCAUCAUUGGAAAGAUUUGACCCUAAUUUUCCUGAUCGUCGUCGGCGGUCUGGGUAGUUGGUAUGCAUACAGACAGAACAAGAAAUUCCGAAACCACUUGAACAGGAUGAGCAGGGACAUGGACGGCCUUCAGAACGCCGAAAAGGCCUUGGAGAACCUUCAGAAGGAACUGGAACGCGCGAGACAAGCUCAAGAAACUGUGAUAACGGAAAAACAAGAUUUAGAACGAAAACUGCAAGACUCCAAGAGCGAACUGAACACCCUUCCGAGUUCCUAUUCCGAUUUAGAAGUCACCCAAUUGAAGGCUGAAAUCGAAAUGCUUAGAACUGAAUUACAACUAGCCGAAGGCGAAUUGAAGGACCGUUGUUGGGCCCCACCGGUCGCGCUACAACAAUGGCUGCAACUCACCCACGAAAUAGAGAACAAAGGUUAUCUCAAGAAGAAAAUCAGCGCCGAAAAGCAAUUACAACAAGCCCGAGAAGCCUGCGAGAAAUUGAGGAAGAAACGAUCGAGUCUCGUGGGGGCUUUCGUAUCGACGCACGGAAAGUCCAUCGACGAAGUGGACAGGAGCAUCGUGGAGGCGCGAACGUCCCUGCACGAGGUCACGCAGGAGUUGCAGGAGCGCGUGCACAGGUGGAAGCAAAUCGAAAUGCUGUGCGGUUUCAACAUCAUGAACAACAACGGUUUCAAUUAUUUGGAGAACUCGCUGUACAGGAAUUCCAACGGGAGAGGUGGGGGAUUAAGAGGACCAGCGAGCAGUACGGAUAAUUUGGAUGAUGAUACGGGAUCUGUUUACAGCGCCUAUCCAGGUUAUCACAUUAGAGAUGGGGAUUCUUCGAGCAGCGAAACUAGCAAACAGGAAGAAGAAAGUUACGGGACCGAAUCCAAAGUGGGCAGUCGAAAUAACGUCAAUUUUACUGUAGGCGACGAUAUUUUCGACGAAACCUUGUGCAGCCCCACACUGUCCCGGAGCGCCGCUGGUAAAUUCACCGCGCAGCAGCCGAAGAGCAUCAGCCACAAUCAGUUGAACCUGCUGAACAGCGCUUCGAAGGCCGCCGCCAUGACCCGAUCGGUGUCCACCGACAUGGCGUCGCCCGCGGUCGAGGCCAAGUCGAAGUCCCUGUCGGAGACCAAUCUGAAAUCCGACAAGCAAACGGCCACGAUCAAGGAGCAGCCGAGCACCUCGACCGAGGACGAUAUCUGCUCGACGAGCUCCUCGGUGCUGGACGAGGACGUCAAGAAGAAGAAGCGCAAGAUGAAUUUCUUUUCGAAGAAGAGCAAGGUUUUCGAUCCGAAUUAUCGCAAUAAAGGGCAAGUAUUUUCAUGAACAUUUCAGUUCCAUCAUCAUCCCCACGACAAGAGUGAAUUAAUUAAAAUGAUAUACGAACGUUAUUGAAAACAAAGUACUCAUUUUUGUAAGUAUUUGUUUUAUUUUAAUAUUUACAAAAUAAAUUAUAAAAUAUCACGAUUUGCUUUUGAACUAAACGAUUACCUGAGGUCUUCUGAAAUACACAAUUCCGGCUAAAAUAACAGUCAAUGUAGUUAUCAAAUAUAAAUCCCAAUUAGAACCUAAAAUUUCGUUAAAAUCCAUCAAAUGGUGCACGGGACCCUGCAACAAAAACUAUAAAAAUAAAAUGCAUAAUCGCGUUUAAACGUACCACACAAUUUAAACAUUUCUAUCAACGUUUAUUUUACUCGUAUAUCAACAAUUCGUUUACCUCUUGAAUACUUUCGACGCUGAAGAGCACGUUUAACUUGAGCAACGCCAACGCGACCGGUACUUUCGCGUCAGGACUCAACUCGGCUGCUCUAUCGUAAUACCGCUUCGCCAAGUGCAUAUCUCGAGCCAUUCCGAGUCCCUGUUCGUGCAUGUAACCUAAAUUGAACGUCGCUUGUGCGUUGUGCUGCUGAUCAGACGCCAAACGAUAGUGGAUCGCCGCCGUUUCAUAAUCUAUGUUCGUCCCCAAACCAUAAUAGUAGUAAUCUCCCAGUUUCACCUAAAUAGUAAUAAAGAUUGAUAAGGGUGUGUGGGCAAGAGAGCGAUAUGAUUUGUUCUUGUUUCGUACAUCAUUAGUACUUAAUUACAGUAUUUCUUAAUUGUUUUUACUCUAAUUGCCAUUUUAACUAUUUCGAACUGUUCAAAAUCAUUUAGGGUGGUGCAGUAUCAUUUUAGAAUUGAAUACUACAAUUUGAAAGAGUUCAGAACUAUUUAGAACUUUAAACAACACUGAGGAUUGUCCAGAAACAUUUUGAACUAUUUUGGGAAUUAAUUAGGACCAUUUGAAAUAGUUCAGGACUAUCUAAGAACUACUCUUCUCUACUGUUCUCUACUCUAUUGUACUCUAAUCUACUCAAUGUUUGCAAUGAACUGAAGUAGUCCCCCCUUUCAACUUAAAAUACAAUGUACGAGAAUCAAGAAACAGUUUUUACAGUGGGAUUAAUAAUCCUGACAGUUUUUCUCUCACAUAACAAAUAAAGCAUUACCUGUGCUGCUGAAUAACCUUGUGCAGCUGCUCGCCCCCAAUAGAGCAAGGCGCGCACGAGGCCCUCGGACGUAGUUAACAUGGGAAUUUCAUUUCUAUCGAGCAAAAAGGCCGCGUUACUCUGGGCCACUUCGUAUCCUAAUUCCGAUAGGAGCGCGUAUUGCACGAACGACUCGUCGUAUCGCCCGUUUCGAUAGUCGGAGUGAGCCUGAAAAAGUGAAUUAUUAAACUAGAAUACUCGAUGAACGUUGUAGACGGACCUGCAUGAGAAUUUCACCCCAUCUACCGCGUUCCGCUACGUUCUUGAACAAUUCCACGGCCGUAGCGCACGAUCGGAUCAUCCCCGUUCCUUGGGCGUGCAUUUGACCUAAGUUGUAAUAGGCCAAAACGUGACCGGAUUGAGACGCCAAUGAAAAGUAUUUGUUGGCCAUUUUGUAAUCUUUUUUCACUCCCAAGCCGCCUGAAAAUCAAUAAUACGGCAAAUAAAGCAACAGUGUAAUGUAUUAGUAUUAUUUACUUACUAAAAUACAUAUUUCCAAGCUGUAAUUGCCCAUCUACCCAGCCUUGAUCGGCUGCUUGCAGGAAAUACUGAUGCGCUUUCGAAUAGUCCUUAUCUACUCCACGACCAUAUAAGUACAUCAAGCCCAAACCACUCAAACCGACAGGGUUGUUCAAUUCGGAGGCUUUUUUGAAAUACUUCAACGCAGUUUCGUUAUUGGCUGGAAUUUCGUCGCUACCGUCUAGGUA